AUGGCGAUGGGAGUGGCGUGCCAUCGAGCGAGGUCGCUGUCCUCUGGGCCAUGGCGGCCGGCUGAUAGGAGCGUAGACCGUAACCCCGUGGGGGAUAAGGCUCCCAUUCCUUCGCCAUCCUCUCAUCUUCACCCUUUCCCCUCCGUCUCCUCUGAAGGCGGAAACCCUAGCGAUUCCUCUCGAGUCGCGGCUGCGGGGCGAGUGGAGAGGUGGGAUCGGCUUCCGCACGAGGUAUGUGAUCAUCCUGAUGCGGAUCUUAGCGCACAUCUUGUUCACCUGUGGAGUCAUAGCGUUGAGGUUGGAGUUUGUGGGGUGAUUGCAGUGAGGGGUCCUCCAGUAACAGCUCCCCUUGGUGGUGGUGCUCCGGUGAGAUCGUACUGGUCAACUCUUGGUGGUGACACACGAUCAUUUUCGCAGGUUCUCCAGGCUCCUCAGCAGCCCAGGAGAAGUAUGGAUCGGCGUCCACAGUUUCCGAAUCGGUUCCAUUCUGGGUUUGAUGGCAAUCGGGGAGGCUUCCGGCCUGGUUGGCAGAAUCAGGGAGGGGUUGGGUUCCGAGGGGAAGAGAUAGAGGUGGAGGUCGUUUUCAAGGAGGAGGUGGUCGUGCUUUUGACUCAGAUUGUGGUGGGUGGUAGCCAGGCUACUCAAGAGGGUGAAAAUGGGAUUCAGGCUGCUCCUGCUGAGCAACAGAACAAUCCUCCUAUCAGUCAUAGGUGUGGUAAGGUGGGGCAUCCGGCUAAUAGUUGCCCUAAUCCUGUUGUCUGUCCUAGAUGUCACAAGGAGGGCCAUGUGGCAAGAGUUUGUUCCACUAAAAUGCCAUGGGAGUUUGUCUCCCCUUUCUGUGGUUUGUCUGCAUAUGGACAGGGCUUUCAUGUGAUUGAAAGUGACACUGCUGAUGAGGGGAUCAAAGAUAUGGCAACUACUGCUCUGAUUACUGUUACUGCUGGUCAGGCAAAUAGUGUGCAUGCUGUUGGCUUAGCAGCUGUUUGUUGGGCUAUUUGGCGCACUAGAAAUUCAGUGUGCUUUGAUAACAAAAGAGUUAAAUCUCCUACUGAGAUUAUCUGUAUGAUAUGUUCCUUCCUUACAUACUGGGCAGGGCUUCUGAAGGAGGAUCUGAAGAAUCAGGUGCUCCUAGGAGCGGAGGUGAUCAAGACGGCGGCACUUUUCUUCCACAAGCAAGAUUUGAAGUCUCAGCCGCACGAGGAGAAUCAGUUGGUUCCAUUUGCUGCUUAG